CACAGACGUAUCCGAUCCAAGUCUGUGUCAGAAUAAUGUGGCGCUAGAUUGACAGUCAUUUACUUCUGUAAAUGUUUUGAUUACUAAGCGGCGAGCAUGGCAGAAAGCAUAGGACCCCAAAGAAAGCGUGUGAAGAAGGUGGUACCAGAUCCGAACCCUUUAUUUGCGAAGUGGCUACAAGAAUGGAAAGAUCAAGCUGCAGCAAGCAAUUCGAAAACACAACACACAUACGCUCGGGCUCUCAGGUCGCUCAAGAAGUACCCGCUUGUUCUUAAGACAGGCAAAGAAGCGAAGAUGCUAGAGUUUUUCGGCGAUAAAAUCUGUGAAAUGCUCGACCAGCGACUGGCUAAGUACCGAAGGGAGAAUCCGGGUUUCGCUUUGCACGACGACGAAGAAAUGUCGUCUGCUUCGGCAUGUGGGAGUCAGGCGAGCGGAAGCAGUAACCAAAAUGUGUCUCAGGAAAGCUCAGACUCUACCUCAAAGAAACAACCCAAGACAGCAAGAACCACGUCUGCUAAAGGUGGUAACACCAAAGGCAGACGUGCUUACGUACCCCUGCCGCGGAGCGGACCUCACGCGAUGUUGAUUGCUUUAUUACAACAUCCUAAUCAGAACGGGUGUACAAAGGCAGAUCUCAUAGUCGCAGCACAACCACUGUGUGAUACUUCGUUUACAGUGCCACAGGGGGAUUCUUAUUACACUGCUUGGUCAUCGAUGGCUACGUUGCUAAGCAAAGGUCUCGUACACAGAGAAGGAAGGCCUCACAGACACGUCUUAACGGACGAGGGUCGUGAGCUUGCGUUGAAGUUGGCAGCCACCAGUCAAGGCACCUCUUCGGACGACCCGAAUCUUGCGACCAACUCUAGCCAAUCGGACGACGACGUUCCUCCCGCACCGAUAAACCGCAUAGUUCUGCAAAAUUUCGAGGUCGUUCUCAUCGUGGACUGCUGUGAAGCUAUUUCGGGGCCGGAAUCCCGUCGAAAGGCUGAGGUGGAACGGGAGCUCCGGAGGAUGGGCGUCGAGCACGAAGUCCGCCGACUCAGCGUGGGGGACUUUGCGUGGAUGGCAAAGGAAGUCGGGCAACACGGUCCAACGUGUCGAGAGUUGAUGGUGGGGCCCGUGGUGGAACGCAAGCGUACGGACGAUCUGGCUUCCAGCAUCAAAGAUGGCCGCUUCAGGGAACAAAAGGUGAGACUGAGGACUUGCGGAGCGCAGAACGUGGUUUAUCUACUGGAAGAAUUUGGAAGUCCCGGCAGCAGCGGACUUCCGGAGUCCACUUUGCAGCAGGCCCUUGCGAGCACGCAGAUCUCGGACGGAUUUCUGAUCAAGGUGACACGCUGCCAGAAGGACACCAUCGCUUAUCUCACCUUGGUGACCAGUAUUCUACGAGAAACGUACGCGGGACGGACAUUAUAUUCUUGCAGCCGAGAGGAACUGUUGGAGAACCCCCUGCCCAACCACUGCAUCACCUUCCAAGAGUUCAGCUCAUCCUCCGUUAAGAACAAAGACCUGAGCGUACGUGAAAUGUUUGGCAAGCACCUCCUGCAGCUGAAGGGAGUCUCUUUGGAGAAGGCCACCUGCAUCCUGCGAGCGCAUCCCACUCCUCAUAGGCACGUGACACUGAAUUACGAAAGGUAA